UCUUUUCUCAAAUCCCGAGUAGUUAAACAAAAUAGUGUCAAAGUACCCCAUCAGCACAAUCUCCAUCUCCAACACAGCCAGCCAGCGAUUGCCAGACCAUACUACGUGAAUUUCUUAAACUCUGUUUGGGUGAGUGAAAGUAAAGUAUUUUCAACUUUUGAUAACUGCCACGAGAUUCUUGUGUCUCUCUCUUCCCCUUUUUAGCUUUUCCAGAUUUUUGUUACUAAAACAAACUUCCUUUUUCCUCUUUCCUGACUACUAACAUCUGCCACACUCUUUUGUCCCAUUCUUGCCAUUUUUUUCUGUACAACAACUGAGAUCCCCCACCCCACCCCCACAACCCAAUUAAAGCAAAUCUUGUAUGUACCCACAUUUCAAUUUUCAAAAUUUGAGUCUUUUUUGUAUGUCAUUUUGAAGCAAGAAAGGAGAAAGGAGAUGAAGGUUUUCAUUUUGCUUAUACCCAUUUGGGUUUUUGUUACUCCUGUGUUGUCGGCUCCUGUUGAUGUUACUCCACAACCUCCUAAUGCCGAUCCAGCUCUUCCUACUGAGAAAGGACCCAUCUUUCAAGUUUAUUCUGAUAAGGAUGCUCCUUCUCCUGGAGUUGCAGAGUUAAAAGUGGUUCACCGCCAGGAUCUAAAUAAGAAAAUCUUGAUUUCACUUAUUGUUGCUUCAACCCUCCUUGCUGGAAUUCUGUUAUUUUCAUGUUGCUUCUGGAUAUACAGACUGAAAACGCUGAAGAAAUCGACUGAACAAGGCCAUCAGAAAGCAGAGCCUGUGAAGGGGCUUUCAUGGGGUCCUAUAAUGGCCAAGUUCCCUUCAUUAAAAGCUGUGGGUAGGAAAGGACUAGUUGAUGUCAUCGAGUACCAGUUGUUAGUAGCUGCAACUGACAAUUUCAAUGAAAAGAAUGCUAUAGGAGAAGGUAGAGUAGGAUAUGUUUAUAAAGCUCAAUUCAACGACAACGUCCAGGCAGCUGUUAAAAGAAUUCGCGGCGGGGAACAGGAUGCUGAGAAAGAAUUUGAGAAUGAGGUGGACUUGUUGAGUAAAUUUCAGCAUCAAAAUGUUAUUUCGCUGCUUGGGUACUGCAUUCAUAACAAUGCACAAUUCCUGGUGUAUGAAAUGAUGCAGAAUGGAUCUUUGGAAUUCCAAUUGCAUGGACCUCCUCGUGGAUCAGCUUUGAGUUGGCAUCUUCGCAUGAAAAUUGCAUUGGAUGUGGCUAGGGGACUAGAAUACCUCCAUGAGCGCUGUAAUCCCCCUGUAAUCCAUAGAGAUCUCAAAUCAUCUAAUGUUCUGCUGGAUUCCAACUUCAGUGCAAAGCUUUCUGAUUUUGGCCUUGCUAUUGCUGGAUGGAACUUGACCAAGAGCAACGUAAAACUUUCAGGAACUCUGGGUUAUGUGGCUCCAGAGUACCUCUUAGAUGGGAAAUUAACUGAUAAGAGUGACGUCUAUGCUUUCGGCAUUAUACUUCUGGAGCUUUUGCUGGGAAGAAGACCAGUGGAGAGGCUAGAGGGAGGUCAAUGCCAAUCUAUAGUCACAUGGGCGAUGCCACAACUUACUGACAGGUCAAAGCUCCCUAAUAUAGUCGAUCCUGUCAUCAGAGACGGAAUGGACCUCAAACACUUAUAUCAAGUUGCUGCUGUAGCCGUGCUAUGUGUACAACCAGAACCAAGUUACCGACCACUGAUAACAGAUGUUCUGCACUCCUUCAUUCCUCUUGUACCAAUUGACCUUGGUGGGACCUUGAGAAUUGCGGAUUCUGCAGUAUCUAUUAGCACAUAACAAUAUUGAAUUGCUUCAUUCAAAGUUAACUAUGGGCACAGAAGCUGGUAAUGGAAUGAACAACUUGACCUUUCCACUUCUUUUUUUGUAUCUUUGGUUUGUUAUUUGUCGAAUGCAAUUUUUGCUAUGAAGUAAGAGUAGGACCACUUACCAAAAGAAAAUUUAUGCUGUGUGUAUAUAAUUGUAAAUUUGAGGCAGCAAAAGCUCUGAUUUCACUUCAUGUUUUCUCAAGUUUUUGGCCUUUCAUGGUUGUUCUAUGUAUUAGAGAAAUUAAUAUGCUUCUACUGUAAAGAAUGACCUACGAAAUAUUCCAGUAUUUUUCUGCAUACAAAA